AUGCAAAACGAACAAGGUCUUCAAAUUGAUCUUUAUAAUCCCAGAAAGUGUUCAAUCACCAAUCGGCUUAUCACUGCCAAAGACCAUGCGUCAGUUCAAAUUAUUGUAGGUGAAGUAGACGAAAAAGGGAUAUACACCGGUAAAAAUGUACAAUAUGAAUUAAGUGGGUUCGUUCGUCGUUCAGGUGAAGCUGAUGAUUCUUUAAAUCAUUUGGCGACAAAACAUGGAUUAGCUAGAAAUGAUGUAGCAGUAAUUGGAUGGAUUUCAGAACAACUAUCACAACCAUCAGGAUUUGUUAUUUCAAAUUUAAAUUUAAAAAAUGGAUUUAAAGAAAAUGAGAAAUUUGUAAAAUUCUUACAUCAAGUUAUAGCGGAUAAUGUAGCCUUUGUUGAUCCUCAAUUACAAGCGUUGGCUAAAUAUCAAAAAAAUGGCUGGCUUAAUAUUUCUGAUAACAGAGAUCCACCACCAUGGGGUCGUAUUCCAUAUCCGGAAAAUAUAUUUGGAGUAAUAGAAUUAAGAGAUGGACAAAUUAUUCACGGAACAUAUCAACCUAUGCCUACUCAUCGUAUAGUUACCACUAAAGGAGUUUUCAUGUUGAGUGAUCCGCUUCAUCAAAAAUUAUUGGAAAAAUUGAAUGAAAUUUGUAAAUAA